AUGAAUUCUAUUAUUAAAAAUUUGUUAAAAAGAGAAAUAGCAAAUACUGUCUCAAGACAUUAUUCUUCAAAUAAGGAAGUGUCAACAACGAAGUUAUAUAUUAAUGGAAAAUUUAUUGAAUCCCAGACAAAUGAUUGGAUUGACUUAUACAACCCUGCAACAAAUGAGGUCAUUUCAAAAGUCCCUAAAUCAACCAAAGAUGAAAUGGAGUAUGCUGUUUCUUCUGCGAAGGAAGCUUAUAAAAGUUGGUCAAAAACAUCUAUAAUCAGGAGGCAGCAGAUCAUGUUUAAUCUUCAGAACAUAAUCAAAAGUAACAUGAAAAAAAUUGCUGAAAAUAUUGUACUGGAGCAAGGAAAAACGUUUCCUGAUGCUGAAGGAGAUGUGCUAAGAGGGUUGCAGGUUGUUGAGUUUGCAUGCAGUAUGCCUGGUAAUAUGCGUGGCCACACUCUCUAUGAUGUUGCAAAAGAUAUGGAUAUAAUCUCCUACCGUGUUCCGCUUGGAGUAACAGCUGGAAUUUGUCCAUUUAAUUUUCCUGCAAUGGUUCCACUUUGGACUAUUCCUGUAGCUGUGACGUGUGGAAAUACCCAUAUCAUAAAGCCAUCUGAACAAGAUCCUGGAGCAUGUAUGAUGUUGAUGGAAAUGCUUGCUGAAGCUGGACUUCCUCCUGGUGUCGUAAAUGUAAUACAUGGACAGCACGAUGCAGUGAAUUUUAUUAUAGAUGCACCUGAUAUCAAAACUAUAUCAUUCGUUGGGGGUGACAAAGCGGGUAGAUACAUUUAUGAAAAGGGCUCAAAGAACGGAAAACGUGUUCAAUGCAACAUGGGUGCCAAAAACCAUGGAGUUAUCCUUCCUGAUGCUGACAAAGAAAACACUAUCAAGCAGAUAGUAGGAGCAGCAUUUGGAGCAGCAGGCCAGAGGUGUAUGGCAUUGAGUGUUGCAAUAUUUGUUGGAGAAGCAAAGAACUGGCUCCCAGAUCUAAAGGCUAAUGCUGAAAAACUGAAAGUUAAUUUUGGUAUGGUGGCUGGUACUGAUUUUGGACCUGUGAUAAGUCCAGAGUCUAAGAACAGAAUAUGCUCUUUGAUUGAUUCUGGGAUUAAAGAAGGUGCUGGAAUUCUGCUUGAUGGUCGUGGGCUUGUGGUUCCUGGUUUUGAAAAAGGCAACUUUCUUGGACCCUCCAUAUUGACAGAUGUUACUACUUCCAUGAAAUGCUACACUGAAGAAAUAUUUGGUCCUGUACUCGUUACAAUGUGCGUUGACACGUUAGAUGAUGCCAUUAAAAUAAUUAAUCAAAAUCCUUAUGGAAAUGGAACUGGUCUUUUUACUAGAAGUGGAGCAGCUGCUAGAAAGUUUACUCAUGGAAUUGAAGUUGGUCAGAUUGGCAUUAAUGUUCCUAUUCCUGUACCUCUUCCAAUGUUUUCAUUUACGGGUACUAAAGGUUCCUUUGUUGGGGACACACACUUCUACGGUUUGCAGGGAGUUCAUUUCUUCACACAAGAAAAAACUGUGACACAACUCUGGAGGGAAUCUGAUGUACUUUCGAGUGAUUCUGCUAUGUCAAUGCCAGUUAUGAAGUAA